CCCCCUUCUCCUCCCGCACUGCUCCGGGAGAGCUGAUGAGCCGGAGUCUGGCCCGAGUUGGCUGGAGCUGUUGCCAUGACAAGCAUUUUCUUAAGAAAGCUCUGCUGUUGAGACCGUCCAAAGCUGGGGGUUGAGGAGGGGAGCACGAACUUCCUGGGAAACGAUCUCUCCGAAGAGAGCUAGGCCGGAGACACCCGUCCAGCUUCCCUGCACCCAUUUUCUUCCAGGAACCUGAGAGGUCCUUCCCUUUGGGAGCGCUGGGGGAGGAGACCCAGCCCACUCCCCGGCCGUAGCUGGAAAGGCAAGAGAGCAAAGCCAGCAUCUCUAGCGUGGUUGCCACACUGGGGAGACCGGUGGGUGGUCACCCCCACCCCACCCCGUCCAUGGAAACCCGGAGGGAGAGUCCCGCUUGGAGAAGCCUGGAUCUUUGCUAGAAAGAGAGAGAUCCAGUUGUCAGCGGUAUCCAGGGAGCCCUCCUCUUCCUCCUCCUUCUCCUGCCGCCUCUCUACCACCGCAGUUGCCGGUUGUUGCUAAGGUAGCCUCCAUGGUAACACGCACAUCCUGUUUAUACCUCCAUCUGGGCAAGCUGGUCUAAGCUAGGAACCUACCUACCCUGGACAACGGCUUCCAUUACCACCUGGGGACACCAAUCGUCGUGACACGUGGUCCGGCUUCCACUUGGCUCCCCCAUCCCCUUCCUCCCCUCGCUGCCGAGCUUCAUACACAAAAAAGGAUCUGGGCUAGAGGCUGCUACCCUGAAGCUCAUUGCACAAGAUAUAGCCCAACUAUUUCCUACCCAGGCUCCCAGAGAAGCAAGAAGUAAGAAGUGAGGCAGAAGGGCAGGAGUUCCUGACCAGUUGAAGGGAAGCCACAUUUUCUCUGGUCGAGGGGCUUGGUAACAGCAGGCAGAAUGACGAACCCAACAGAACGUACCUUGCCGGCCAACUCGAUGGUUGAGAGCCACGAGCGGGAGUUUGGCUGCACAGUAAUGGACCUGCGGAAGCUCAUGGAGCUACGUUCGACCGACGCAAUCAACCAGAUCAACGUCCACUACGGGGGUGUAACGAAUCUCUGCAGUAGACUGAAAACCAACCCCGUGGAAGGUCUGUCUGGGAACCCUGCGGACCUGGAGAAACGUAAGCACGUGUUCGGACAGAACUUUAUCCCCCCCAAAAAGCCCAAGACCUUCUUAGAACUAGUGUGGGAAGCCCUUCAAGAUGUCACACUCAUCAUCCUGGAGAUUGCAGCCAUCAUCUCCCUCGUCCUGUCCUUCUAUCGGCCCCCCGGUGAAGAAAAUGAACAGUGUGGUCUACCCGUAAGUAGCCCAGAAGAUGAAGGAGAGGCAGAAGCCGGCUGGAUUGAGGGGGCAGCCAUCCUGUUCUCCGUGAUCAUCGUGGUGCUGGUGACUGCCUUCAAUGAUUGGAGCAAAGAGAAGCAAUUCCGGGGGCUGCAGAACCGCAUCGAAAAGGAACAGAAAUUCUCCGUGAUCCGAAAUGGUCACAUCAUCCAGCUCCCCGUGGCUGAGAUCGUGGUGGGUGACAUCGCCCAAAUCAAAUACGGUGACCUACUGCCCGCAGAUGGGAUCCUGAUCCAGGGGAACGAUCUCAAGAUUGAUGAGAGCUCUCUGACUGGGGAAUCAGACCAUGUCAAGAAGUCUGUGGAAAGGGACCCAAUGCUGCUCUCAGGGACCCAUGUCAUGGAAGGUUCUGGCCGGAUGGUAGUGACAGCUGUGGGUAUCAACUCUCAGACUGGAAUCAUCUUUACCCUUUUGGGAGCCAGCGAGGGAGAAGAGGAGGAGAAGAAGAAAAAAGGUAAAAAACAAGGAGUCCCUGAAAAUCGCAACAAAGCAAAAACUCAGGAUGGGGUGGCCCUGGAAAUCCAGCCACUCAACAGCCAGGAGGGGACCGACAACGAGGAGAAGGAGAAGAAGGCGGCCAAGCUGCCCAAAAAGGAGAAGUCGGUGCUGCAGGGCAAGCUGACGCGCUUGGCUGUUCAGAUCGGGAAAGCUGGCCUCAUCAUGUCUGCCAUCACGGUUCUCAUCCUGAUCUUGUACUUUGUGAUUGACAACUUCGUGAUCCACCGCAGAGCCUGGCUGCCCGAGUGCACUCCCAUCUACAUCCAGUACUUUGUCAAGUUCUUCAUCAUCGGCAUCACUGUGCUGGUGGUGGCUGUGCCAGAGGGGCUGCCGCUGGCUGUCACCAUUUCCCUGGCCUACUCCGUGAAGAAAAUGAUGAAAGACAAUAACCUGGUGCGGCACCUGGAUGCUUGUGAGACAAUGGGCAACGCCACAGCCAUUUGCUCUGAUAAGACCGGCACGUUGACCAUGAACCGCAUGACCGUGGUACAGGCUUAUAUUGGAGACACCCAUUACCAUCAGAUCCCGAGCCCUGAUGUCCUCCUGCCCAAGGUCCUGGACCUUAUUGUCAAUGGCAUUUCUAUCAACAGUGCCUAUACCUCCAAGAUUCUGCCUCCGGAGAAGGAGGGAGGUCUGCCGCGGCAGGUGGGCAGCAAGACCGAAUGCGCUCUGCUGGGCUUUGUCACAGACCUGAAGCAGGAUUACCAUGCGGUGCGCAAUGAGGUGCCCGAGGAGAAGCUCUACAAGGUGUACACCUUCAACUCGGUGCGCAAAUCCAUGAGCACGGUCAUCGAGAAGCCCAGCGGGGGCUACCGCAUGUACAGCAAGGGCGCCUCGGAGAUCAUCUUGCGCAAGUGCAAUCGAAUCCUGGACAAGAAAGGGGAAGUGGUGCCGUUCAAGAACAAGGACCGAGAUGAGAUAGUGCGCACUGUCAUCGAGCCCAUGGCCUGUGAGGGCCUCCGAACUAUCUGCAUAGCUUACCGGGAUUUCAAUGACGGAGAGCCCCCGUGGGACAACGAGAGUGAGAUCCUCACCGAACUGACCUGCGUCGCGGUGGUGGGCAUUGAGGACCCCGUGCGCCCAGAGGUCCCAGAUGCUAUCGCCAAAUGCAAACAAGCUGGCAUCACUGUCAGAAUGGUGACCGGUGACAACAUCAACACAGCCCGGGCCAUCGCCACCAAAUGUGGCAUUGUCACACCUGGGGAUGACUUCUUGUGCUUAGAAGGCAAAGAGUUCAACCGACUUAUCCGCAACGAGAAGGGCGAGGUGGAGCAAGAGAAGCUGGACAAGAUCUGGCCUAAGCUUCGAGUCUUGGCGCGAUCGUCCCCCACUGACAAGCACACCCUGGUAAAAGGCAUCAUCGACAGCACUGUUGGGGAACAGCGACAGGUGGUGGCUGUCACUGGCGAUGGCACGAAUGAUGGUCCGGCCCUGAAGAAAGCAGAUGUUGGCUUUGCCAUGGGUAUUGCAGGCACGGAUGUGGCAAAGGAGGCAUCAGACAUCAUCCUAACAGACGACAACUUCACCAGCAUUGUGAAGGCAGUGAUGUGGGGGCGAAACGUCUAUGACAGCAUCUCCAAGUUUCUGCAGUUCCAGCUCACUGUCAACGUGGUGGCCGUGAUUGUGGCCUUCACCGGAGCCUGUAUCACUCAGGAUUCCCCACUGAAAGCCGUGCAGAUGUUGUGGGUUAACCUAAUCAUGGACACUUUUGCCUCCUUGGCCCUGGCCACUGAGCCUCCUACAGAGUCUCUGUUGAAGCGUCGCCCCUAUGGCCGCAAUAAGCCUCUGAUCUCACGUACUAUGAUGAAGAACAUCUUGGGCCACGCAGUCUAUCAGCUCACUGUCAUCUUUUUCCUUGUCUUUGCCGGCGAGAAAUUCUUUGACAUCGACAGCGGGAGGAAGGCGCCUCUCCAUUCCCCACCCAGCCAACACUACACCAUUAUUUUCAACACCUUUGUGCUGAUGCAGCUCUUCAACGAAAUCAACUCCCGCAAGAUCCACGGAGAGAGGAAUGUCUUUGCAGGCAUCUUCCGCAACCUCAUCUUCUGCUGUGUGGUCUUGGGCACGUUCAUCAGCCAGAUUCUCAUUGUGGAAUUCGGGGGUAAACCCUUCAGUUGCACGAAGCUCACCCUGUCUCAGUGGUUUUGGUGUCUCUUCAUUGGCAUCGGAGAACUGCUGUGGGGCCAGAUAAUCUCCUCGAUACCUACACAAUCCCUGAAGUUCCUGAAGGAGGCCGGGCAUGGCACCACGAAAGAGGAGAUCACCAAGGACGCGGAGGGGCUGGAUGAGAUUGAUCACGCGGAGAUGGAGCUGCGCCGAGGCCAGAUCCUCUGGUUCCGGGGCCUGAACCGCAUCCAGACUCAGAUCGACGUAAUUAACACAUUCCAGACGGGAGCCUCUUUUAAGGGAGUCCUAAAGCGACAGACCAUGGGUCAACACCUUGACGUAAAACAUGUUCCUAGCUCAUCCUAUGUAACAGUUGCGCCAGUCAGAUCUCCCCCCACCACUUCUGUUCCUGCUGCUGUUCCACCUCCUACUCUGGGCAAUCAAAGUGGUCAAAGCGUUCCAUAGUUCCCUCCACGAAAGCAUUCAGAAACCCAAGAACCAAAACUCCAUCCACAACUUCAUGACCCACCCUGAAUUCGCCAUAGAUGAGGAGGUGCCACGAACACCACUCCUGGAUGAGCAUGAGGAGGAAGAUCUCGAACAGGCUCCUAAGGCUGGGACUAGGGUGCUCCUGUUGGAUGGUGAGGUCACCCCAUAUGCCAACAAGAACAACAAUGCAGUGGACUGCAGCCAAGUGCACAUCGUUGCCUCCCAUGCGGACAGCCCUCUACACAGCCUGGAGACAUCAGUUUGAACUUCAUUCUCUGGCUCCCAUCCCCGCUUUCCCCAUUUCCUUUCUCAUCUGUCCCAUCUCUAAGGUGACGAUGGGACUUUUCACUGUCAUGUCAGCUGCUCCCAAGUAUGUGUGAACCCCCACCUGACCAUGAAGAGGCAAGAGUACAGACCAACAAGGAUUUCAACUUAAACUUGAGUUGGGGUUUGUAGCAGGACCCAGUCAAACCCCAGGCAGGUAAUGAAUGGUAGAAUCUACCCCUUGGGUGUAUCAGUUGUCAUGUUUAAAGAAAUGAUGACAAUCCUCUUGGCAUCUACCCCAACCCAGACUCUUCCCGGUAUGUAUACAUAUGUCAUCAACUCCUGACUUCUGGAUUUUACCCUAUGAGUCUGUGCCAUUUAUAAGCGAGGUUGAGGGUUCAGAGAGAUAAAAUAUCCCCAAACGAAAUGUGUUGAGAUAGGAAUGGAAUGUAUAGAAUCAUCUUAUAGAGUGGUUGUUUUUAAAAUGACUUUCCCAUUUUCAAACCUUACACCUAAAGCCCUCUAGCUCUUUCUGCCCUUCUAGUCAAACCUCCCCAAGGUUCUUUUGGUCUUUUGUGACCAUUUUCUUCCUUACUUUCACUCUUUCUUUUUUUUUCCCCCAUUUUUCUUUUUCUUUUUCUUUUCUCUUUUUUCUUUUUCUUUUUUCUUUCUUUCUUUUUUUUUUUUUUUUUUUUUUUUUUUUGUCAUGAUGAUUGAGAAAUUGGAAAGGACAUGGCUGACUUGAGUCAACUUUGGCCAUUCUCCCUUCUGGCCCCAGUGGAACCCUUGGUUUAGUCUUAGAGGAGGAAAGGUUUCUCUGCUAAUAAGAUCCUUUUGAAGCAAUUGAGAGCUGGUAAGAAUGCGUUUCUGUUGUUGUCAGGUUACCCUCUACUUCUAAACUGCCAUCUUGUCAGGUGUGUAUCAUUUCUAAGUGCCAGGGAGCUCAGCCUUGACCAUGAAGCUUUCAUAUGUUUGGUAUGCAAUUUUUACCAUAAGCCUGAUUGUUCUCCUAUUCCCAAAGUGGUAGCAGAGGAAUUAAUUGAGACCGGCCCUGCCUCCUAAGUGGACUUGGAUAUUGAGGACCAACAGCUGGCAGUUCUAGGACAAGACAGACCAUCAAAGCCAACUCUUGUGCAAUCCUCCUUGGGUUGACCACUACCGCUUUCAAGGCCUUCUGCCAAGGCUCUUCUAGGACAGGACCUGAUUGUUGGGGAAGUGAGUACUGAGAAGCCUUGGGAGAGGCCAAAGGGCCAUCCUAACAGGAUCAGAGAAACCCUUCGUCCGAGAAAACCAGACACUCUGAGGUUAGGUGCCCAAGUACCAGCUUUGACAUAUCCUUCAUCUUUCUUGUUCUGCUCUUUCAUGGCCCCCAACUCGUCUGGUCUCUGAACAGGUCCCAACCUUUCUCAAAUAUUCUGCUUUUGAAAAUACACAUCCCAAGUGGACUCCAGUGACAUUUUGCUGACUUGAAGGAGCAAAAGACCCACCCUGAAAUUCUCUCCUUCCUCUCUCCCUUUCUCCCACAUGACCCACUCAAGGCCCUCCCCAGAAUGUGCUCGACUGUAAAGCCCUGUGCCUUUUUUCCCUGAACACUGCCCAAAGCAUCCCCUUCCUCCCUGCCUCUCAGGAGUUGGGGACUUUGCCAGGAGAUUUUUUUUUUUUAAGUGUUCCUUAAUGGGACAAGGUGGAGCCACGUUUGCAGGAGCUUCAUUUUUAUCCCUGCUGAUGUGGACAUCAGCUCUUCUGUGCAGGGAUUAUUAGCUCAUGUCUACCGGUUCCCAGUAAAUAAAUGAGGCCUGUCCCCCUCUUUCAAGAGUGAUGGGAGUAGGGAGUAGGGCUCGAGGCUCUUAUGAACUGCCAAAUGUCCACUUGUGACGGUAAGGUGGCCUGAACCUAUGCUCUCUGGCCUUCUCUUCUAGAUCCCUCCUCCCUUACCCCUUCCAUCUGAGCUGUCCGAGGUAGAAAGAGCAAGGAAACAAUACCCCCUACCCAUCCCCAUUCCUACGCAACCCACCAAAUUUGAUUUGGGUUUUAUAAGGGUCACGUGCUUCAGCCAUCUUUUCUCUGUCUUAAAUACUCCUGUGGGGACGAAACAGCUCACCCAAGGUGUUAGGUGUGCACAUACAUAUUUAUUAAGUACAUUGGAAGAUUUAGUUCUGUCAGGUCUUUUAUUACCUCAGAUCAGUUUGAAAAACAAGCCAAUAACAAACUUUGGAGGCUAUUUUACCAUUCCUGCUCCCAAAAGACUCUCAUGGUGCCUGACAGGUUACUCUUGAGAGCUUGUGUCUACUUGUUUAAGCUCAAUGGUUUUUGUGUGUAUUCUAGUUUCCGUGGUAGGAGAGAAAAAAAAAUAGAGAAAUAUUAUGCAAAAAAUAUAGUUUUCUUUAGAUCAGAAACUGAUAUUUUUGAGUCAGCCAUAUGUAUUUUGUUUAAAGGAUUCGAAAUUAAGUGCUGUCAUGUUACCCUGUGGAAGGAGCAUAUAACCAGCUGUUUGCCAUGACAGGUGACUUAGUAUAUUUGUAAUUGGUUUUAAAACCAAUGCACCGUACUUCCUUUCUCCAAACAGCCAUCUUUAUACUUAGGGGAAAAAAAUUUGUUGGGUUCUAGACUUUUUUAAUAUAAAUUUUGUUGAUAUGGAAUUGAGUAAGUUUAAGUGUUUAUGUGCAUAUGUUUUUUAUAUAAGUUUUUUUCUAUUCAGUUUUAGUGAUCCAACUGGCAGUGAGUCAAUAUGGCACAAGUUACUAAAGCUUUCCCCCAAUAUGGUGCUUUAGAUCUGAAAAGGGUCUGAUGGGGAGAAGGGGAAAUUACUAUCCUAGAUGAACCUAGAAAAAUGGGCAGUAGACUGUGAAUGGGAAGGAAAGCAUCCAGCAAGAAGGGAUAGCCAGCAGAAAAUGAGGGUAUGUCCCCCAUGGAGAUGGGUGCCAGGCUUUUCAGUGACUGGUGAAUUAAGAUCAGGGGCCUUGGUUGGAUUUUGUUUCUUGAUGGGUAGCUGGCAGAGUGGUACCCACAACACGAAUAUCUCUCGGGCUGCAAGGAUGCUCUGAUUUGGGGGUUGCAUUUUUUAUGGUUCUUUCACCUCCUGUUGUCCCAGGAGUUUUCCCUUAAUGAGUCUUUGUGCAAGGAUCUGAUUUGGGACUUCCCCUCCCCUAGAAAUGUUGUGUGCAAUAUAUUAGACGGGGGAUAGAUUUGUAAGUGGAAAAAACAAAGGCUGGUUCUAACCCCGGGUGGUAAUCUUGGGGCUAGGUCCUUCCCGUAGGUGCCCUCUGAAGUGACUCCCCCAUCCCUAAAGGUGUUAGACCACUGAGCAAUCCUUCUGACACUUGUGGGUUCUUUAGGGUCUAGGUUUCUUCUUCCACUUGAGCGUCAGAGGGGAGAGUUUGCACUGUUAUAUCUGAGCGUUGACCUCGCUGCCGAAAACCCCGGGGCGGGGGGGGGGUGGCAAGCUCGCAUGUGUCCUGCAACCUCUAAAUGCCUCACCUCCUUUCUCUCCUGCUUUCUUUUGCCUAACGGUUGAAGCAGCCUGGGAUGCCAUCACAAAGUGCACACUUCCUCACUUUCCGUAUCUAGGGACCACCCGCUGCAGCGGUGGGGAUGAGGCACUUGUAAAUGCCUGCUAUUCUGAAGCCAUUCCAGCCUUUUCCUCAGAAUAGACCAGACGCCCUUCCAUUUAGCUCAGUGCCAGUGCUCUGCCUUCCCAGCCCUGCUGUUAGGCCUGCUGUCCCCUUUCCUCUUGACGAGGAGAGACGGAGGGAAGUGAGCUCCCCGUGACCGAACUGGCCUUUGGUUCAGAUUUGCUCCCCAAAUGUAUAUAUGCCAUAUGUGAAUAUGCCAUAUAUAUGUGCCAACAAAUCUAUCUACGUUGUUCUUUUCCGAUCAGCACGCAGAUAGGAACUUUGAGUUUCUUCUUCUCUUUUUUUCUGUUCUUCUUCUUUUUUUCAGUAAUUAGUAUAACAAGCACCGGUAUUUUUGUAUAAAAAAGAAAAACAAACAAAACAAAAGAUUGACUAGUGUGGUCUGCAUGCCAUCAACAAACAUGGCGACAGCCAAGCAGCAGUAUGCGCCCCAGUGUGUGUUACCAUAAUUCGCAGUUCAGCCAAACGGUGCACCCGAUCUGUAUUUGCGUUCCGAUAUUAUUGAAGCUCUCUGUACAACGUUUUGCAUGUAUUUAUAUGGUUCUUAAAGGAAAAAAAAAAAUGCCGUAAACCGGCAAAUCUGAAAUUCAAAUAUGCUGUCCACUGAGACGGGAAGAAGAGGAGUUUUAAAAGACGGGGGAGAAAAAGGGAUAUAUAUAUAUUUUUUGGAACCAAUAAAGCUUGUUGCUGAUGAGAAUCAGUACUGCCGUGCACUGAAAAUAAAAACCCAUGCCCACCUGUAA